GUAACCGACAAGGGCCACCGAUUUUGGCGGUAGCGAAAUGUCGUAUGCCCAGGCCUUGCGGAAUUUCGUGACUGAAUCCCUGCAAGACGUCGAUGCCGGCACGCUGAUCCACCUGUGCGACACCUUUCAUCUCGACCCGACUGCCUUCCCUACAAAGCAAGACAUCCAGCGGAGCAUUGUCGAUUUGGUCGUGAAGGACCGAGAGACGGCAUUGGGGCUUUUUGUAGCGUGGAAACAGGUGCUAACUACAGGGGGAGGGGCAGCGGAGUCGAUUGUGCUCGACAACACCGCAUUUGCCAACGCAUUUUUACCCAUCGACGCCCCGUCAUCACCCCUGCAACAGCAACAAGCCGCGAUCCCCAUGCCCCCUCAGACCCCCAAGCGCCUGUUUGACUUUGUUUUAGAUCGAGAUCUGGCGGUAUUGGGCGACGAGUUGCUGCGCCUCGAGUCAGCCUACAAGGAGGCCGAGCGGGGGCUGCACCAAGGCGGCAUCACGUAUGAAAAGAUCAAACGCUUUUUGCAAUCCCUGACCAAGUUGCGCGCUAAGGACGACCAAUUUCGCAUCCUCCUGCUUGAAAAGAACCAAAAUCUACGAGCUGACAACGCACGACUGUUUAAACUCGAGGCCCACACCCGCAACCAGCUAGAAUUUUUCGUCGACGGAUGUGCCCGGCUGCGAUGUAAACUUGACGCGAUGGUCGAAGAUUUUAGCCGCGUGAGCGCCGCCGAUGCCGCAGCCCACGACCUUGUCGUGCAGUUGUAUGCUGGGGAAUGUGCCUUUAGCCAGGCACUCACAUCGACAUUGCACUUCAAGUGCCAGCGCUUGACAGACACCGAGGCCGCACUCGCUCUCGCCACCGCCACGGUCGAAGCGCUGGAAGCCAAGUUAGAGCAACAGCGUUUGACUCUCGAUGUCAUGCGGGCAAAGUGGACCGCCGCCGCCAAGGACGCCUUGUGCGGUCGGGUGCAGCUCCGUCGGUGUCGAAAGCGGCUGCGAGAAGUCGACGGUCUCGCGGCCGAAGCAACGUUCCUGCGUGCGCGCGCCAUGGAGAUGCAGCACAUGGCGUGUGAUUUGUUGGGGAUGGGGCACGUCCAUACGUCUGCCUUCCAGGACGCCAAAGGAGCGUUUGUCAAGAGCGCGGACAGAUCCUCCAUCGCGUGGCGAGUUCUUCGCUACUUAAACACGGUGUCGUCCCCCACGUUAAGCCACCCCCCACCUUCGUCCAAGGAAGUACCGUCAACAACUAUGGGCUAUUCUCCAAGUAGUGGGGAUACCGCGAAUAUGCCAUCCAUUAAGCUGCCAUGCCAACGUCGCCGAGAUGUGCUGUUUGAUCUGUCGGUGGUCGUCAUCCUUGGAGGCGGUCAGCAGUUGUCUUCAGUGGUGCACCGCCUCUGCCUCCAGUUUGGAUAUUCGUCGCUAGACGUGGACGCAUGGCGAAGUGACAGCAGCAGCACCGACGAUGCCCCUGAAGUCGACACCAAACCCGUGCCAGUGCCGCACGACCGGCUGGCUCGGGCUAUUCAAGCCAUCGGCAGCGUGCUCGUGUACAAUUGGCCGGGACUUGCACCUGGGGACAUCCAUCGCCUCGUGCAGCAUGGCACGGAUGUGAAAAUGGUGGUGGACUUGGGUGACAACCCCCCAUCCACGACUUCGUUAAGCUUGGCUCACUCCUGUGGCGUGUACUGCAAACUGCCCACACAGCCCCCAUUACAUGUCGACCAGAUGGUGCAGGACACUGCGUUAGUAUGGCGCGCCUACCAAGAUCGUCUGUACACACACGUGGGGAUCCUAUGGGAUGGUCCCACGGAUGUGUUGAACGAACGCAGUGCCAUGAUGCACGAAGAGAUGAGCCAGCGCAUGGCGGUGGAAUGGGCCAAGCACGUGGCGGUGCUUGCCGACAAGAAGGCGGCGGCCGAUGCCAAAGCCAAGGCCAAGCUCCAACCGGCCAAACGGCCGCCUAGUAGGAGUACCACCCCCAGCCAGAAAACGAAACCGGGGACGCCUGCCAAGGCAGCAACUUCCGCCAAAGGCAAAACCCAAGCUAGCCCCACAAAUGCCCCUUCCAAAGGCUCGAAAACUCCGGUGAAAAAGGCCCUGGCAACGACUCCCGUGAAAAAGAAAUAGUAUAACGUUACAAUCAAUCUCGAUGGUGGGGUUCUUUAUUGUUAAAAAC